AUGGUCAAGCUGCAACUUGGUAUGAUGUCACCUAGGUACAAGCUGGUGUGGUUUCAGAACCGCAGGGCGAAGUGGAGGAAGAGGGAGAAGUGUUGGGGUCGCAGCAGCGUGAUGGCUGAGUACGGCCUGUAUGGAGCCAUGGUGCGCCACUCCAUCCCACUCCCCGAGUCCAUCCUCAAAUCGGCCAAGGACGGUAUCAUGGACUCCUGUGCCCCCUGGUUACUCGGUAUGCACAAGAAGUCCAUGGAGACCCCCUCCCACACAUCACCCGGAAGACCCAACAGCACACAGACGCCUCCCCGGGGGAGAACGCCGGAGGACGGCAUGGAGGAGCAGGAGGAGAGGCUGAGGAAGGACACCCAGUCGUCCUAUUCUAAAGAGGAACUGAGGGAGAACAGCAUCGCUGCACUCAGGGCCAAGGCCCAGGAGCACAGUGCUAAGGUGCUGGGGACGGCGUCCACGGACCAUCCCAACGGCCUCGUAAAGGACAAAGAGGAACCCGAGGAGGAACACACGGGACAGCAGACGACAGAGACGGAGCGGGCUCGCUGAAAACGAGGCCUCUUUUUAGUUUCAAGACCUCACACGGUUUGUGUUGUCGUGUCAGAGAACGCACCUCCGUUCGUCCCCGUCUUGACAACUUGUCUG